AUGACUUACACCGACACGAAACACUUUUCUCAUCCUGUGCGUGCCAUAUUCACUGGUAGAAGAAACUCUUAUGAAAUAUAUCCUAGAAAGGAUGAAGUUUGGGCACUUCUCAAGGGAUGGGAUAUUGGUUGGAGUUCAGAUGCCGACAACCACAAGAACUACAAGUAUGAAGUUGUUCAGGUCCUCUCUGAUUAUACAACAGGCACUAGCAUAACUGUUGUACCGCUUAUCAAGAUAAAAGUCUUCGCGAACUUAUUUAUCCAGUCUAAAGAGGCAACUCCAUACCUGAUACCUCAUGAUGACACAAUAUGGUUCUCACAUUGUGUCCCUUACCAUUUGAUGAGUGGGACUGAAGGCGAAGGCAUUCCAGAAGGAGCUCUUGAACUUGAUCCUGCAGCGCUUCCCCUUAACUUUGAAGAGGCUCUUUCCUGUGUUGUUCCGGAAAGCAGGUCAGUAAAACGCUCGGAGUUUGAUGCCGAAUGUGCUGGUCCAUCGAGAGGGGAUAAAUCUCGGAAGGGAUCCGUGGGAGUUGAGGAGAGGCAACAUGCUCCAUGCAGGAAUGCAGUGAUCUUUGCAAAGACACCAACGGUAGAGCACAGACAGAGUAACACUCCAUUUUCUGUUGAAGGUACAGAUGUUGACGAGGAAUCUGAUCAUGUUGUUCAAGAAGAAGUACUAUGCCCUGAAUUUUUUAACUUUGUCCAACUUAGAGAUGUAAAUCAGUUUAGAGCGAACCAGAUGUGGGCUGUCUACGACAGUCAAGGCGGUAUGCCAAGAUCUUAUGCACGAAUUACACAGGUCAAAAUAGCCCCGAAGUUUAUGGUACACUUCAUUCGGCUGGAGUUUGAUCCCACAAAUAAAUCGGAGGUGGCAUGGUCAUGUGGGAAACUACCUGUUGCUUGUGGACAGUUUAAGCGUGGAAAGUCGGAAAUAGCAAAAGAAACUCGUAUGUUCUCUCAUAUUAUUUCCCGUGAGAAAGGCAAGACGAGAAACUUUUACGAGAUAUAUCCUAGGAAAGGUGAUGUUUGGGCCCUUUUCAAGGGAUGGGACAUUGAUUGGAGUUCAAAUUCAGGCAAGCACAUGGACUUCGAGUAUGAAGUUGUUCAAGUUAUCUCUGAUUUCACAACAAGCGAUAGCAUCAUUGCCGUGCCACUUGUAAAAAUAAAAGGCUUUGUUAGCUUAUUUAUGAUGGGGUCUAAAGAGACAACUCCAAAGGUGAUAACUCGGGAUAACACACUGAGAUUUUCACAUUGUGUCCCUCAUCAUUUGAUGUGCGGUACUGAAAGAGAAGGCAUUCCGGAAGGAGCUCUUGAACUUGAUCCUGCAGCGCUUCCCUCUAACUUGGAAGAGGCAUUUGCUUCUUUUGUUCCGGAAAGUAGUGCAGUAAAAGACCAGGAGUUUGAUUCCAAAUAUACUGGAAAUGAUUCUCGGGAGGGAUCCGUGAGAGCUGGGGGGAGGCAGCAUGCGACAUGCAUGAGUUCAGGGAUCUUUUCAAAGACAUCAAAGGAAGAGAACAGAGGGCAUAACACUCCAUCUGCUGAAGAAGGUACAUAUUUUGACGAGGAAUCUGCUGACAUUGUCCAGGCAGAAUAUGAAUGUCCUGAUUCAGAAUUCUAUGAAUUUUCAGAAAUAAGAUUGCUUCGCAAGUUUGAACCUGGGCAGAUCUGGGCUAUCUAUAGUGAUACUGAUAAGUUCCCCAAUUACUAUGCCAUCGUAAACAAUGUUGAUCUCAAGAAUGAUAAAGUAGAAGUAAGAUGGCUUGAUGUGUGUCCACCCCGAGAGGAGGAGAAAAGAUUGGUAAAAGAAAAUUGCCCCGUGGGGUGUGGAACGUUUAAGGUUUCCUUCGUAUAUGGUCUUAUGACUUACACCGGUACAGAUUCGUUUUCUCAUCAUGUACUUGCUAGGUCAACUGGCAGAAUAAAUGAAUAUGAAAUAAUCCCCCGCCUUCAUGAGAUCUGGGCAGUUUACAAGAACUGGAGUGCUGGAUGGACUGCACGAGAUUUUGAAAAUUGUGACUAUGAAUUGGUGGAGAUAGUUGGCCAGAUUGAUAAGUCCAUACGAGUUCAGCUGUUAAGAAAGGUGGAUGGAUACAUGGCAGUAUUUAGAAGAGAGGAAGCUGUGAAAACAGUACGUAAGGAUGAGUACCCAAAAUUCUCUCACCUGAUCCCUUGCUUCCAUUUGACAAAUGAAAAAGGAGGCAAGCUUCGAGGCUGUUUGGAGCUCGAUCCUUUUUCGGUGCCGGAGAAGUUUCUCGGCACCGACUCAGCGUGA